GAGGUGACGAGGAGAGGGAAAUGGAUACCACACCGCCACCCCCUGUCUUGUUCCCUCUCUUCCUCUUCUCGCUUCUUGUGCUCCCGGCUCACGAGUGUGAAAUUAUUGCACACCACCGCACCGCAUUAGCUUCGACAUCAGGCGAAGCGGUGCUCCGGUGCCGUGUUCGCGGGGGAGGUCCAGAGAACAAUAAAGAGAGAAGGGGGAGGUGAGCUGAGGCAUGGGGAUGGACGGCGGCGGGAAGCUGCCGUACAGCUACGGCUGCGGCCACGACACCAAGCUGGUCAAGAGCUUCAGCCGCGUGGAGCCCCGCAAGUUCGGCAUCGGCCUCGUCGCCGGAUUCCUCCUCGUCACCUGCGCAUACUUCUCCACCGCCAAGUUCGACGCCAUCCACAUCGCCAUGAUAAAUCCCGCUGCCAAGAAUGCAAUUGGGAUGGGCUCGCGGGUGAACGCCGCCGACGUCUCCAAGCAGCAAUUAGAUUUGGGCGUGCAAGGCCAAGACGCAUUGUCGAAGGAAGGGAGCAAGGCCGAGGUACUCGAGAAAGACGGCGACAAGAUUUCCUCUUCGGGUCCAGAUUCGGGUCAAAAUGCAUCACUGGUGGGCACGAAGAAAGAUGAGACUUUUGUGGGAGAUGACGCAGGUGGCGGUGGUGUGGUUCUUCCUCCCGUGUCAUCAGAGGAAUCCACGAACAGCACGCAAGAAUCAGGUGUUCUUGAGGAUGAGGAGCUGCAGGUGCAGGAUGCUGUUGCCAAUCCUCGCAAGAACUCCAGCAGCAGCAAUGGCAGCUCCCUUUCCGUGGUUCCAUCUGAUCCUGCUACUCUCCCUACUCCUGUUCAGCAGAUUCCUCCUGCUAGUACAGAGGUCAAGGGUCCUGCUGGUCAACAGAUUCCAUCAAUUCCAGAGGUUAAGCAAGCAGAUUCGGAGACGCCGGCGCGGGAGUGGAAGCCACUGUGCGACCUCACGUCGAACCGCCGCAUCGACUGGUGCAAGCUCGACGGCGACGUCCGCGUGCUCGGCGCCAACGCCAGCGUCACCCUGGUGGCGUCCCCCGGCGCGAACUCCCGCACCUUCCGCGAGGAGUCAUGGCGAAUCAAGCCGUACCCGCGCAAGGCCGACCCGAACGCGAUGCGCCACGUCCGUGUGCUGACGGUGCAGUCGGUGGCGGGGGAGGCGCCGGCGUGCACGGACCGGCACGACGUGCCGGCGCUGGUGUUCUCGGACCGCGGGUACACGGGCAACUACUUCCACGCGUACACGGACGUGAUCCUGCCGCUGUUCCUGACGGCGCGGCAGUACGCGGGCGAGGUGCGGCUGCUGGUGACGGACUUCCAGAUGUGGUGGCUGGGCAAGUUCCUGCCGGUGUUGAAGAGCAUCUCCAACUACGAGCUGAUCGACCUGGACAGCGACCCGCGCGUGCACUGCUUCCGGCACGUCCAGGUCGGGCUGACCAGCCACGACGACUUCAGCAUCGACCCGCGCCGCGCGCCCAACGGCUACUCCAUGCUCGACUUCACCAAGUUCAUGCGCACCACCUACGGGCUGCCGCGCGACGUCGCCGUGCCCGCGGCUGGCAAGCGGCCCAGGCUGCUGGUGAUCGCGCGCGCGCGCACGCGGCGGUUCGUGAACACGGAGGAGAUCGUGCGCGGCGCGGAGAAGGUCGGGUUCGAGGUGGUGGUGUCGGAGGGGCAGCACGAGGUGGCGCCGUUCGCGGAGCUGGCCAACACGUGCGACGCCAUGGUGGGCGUGCACGGGGCCGGGCUGACGAACAUGGUGUUCCUGCCGACGGGCGGGGUGGUGAUCCAGGUGGUGCCGCUGGGCGGGCUGGAGUUCGUGGCGGGGUACUUCCGCAGGCCGUCCAGGGACAUGGGGCUGCGGUACCUGGAGUACCGCAUCACGCCGGAGGAGAGCACGCUGAUCGAGCAGUACCCGCGCGACCACCCGAUCUUCACCGACCCCGACGGUGUCAAGAGCAAGGGCUGGGACUCGCUCAAGGAGGCCUACCUCGACAAGCAGGACGUCCGGCUCGACAUGAAGAGGUUCCGGCCGACGCUCAAGAAGGCGAUCGCACACCUCAGGGCCAAGGCCAACAGCAGCAACAACUGAUCAAUUGAUCAUCGCUCAUCACCAUGGAUGUAUUCAUCCUCCUCCUCCCUCUCUCUCUCUCGUUCAUUCUUUCUUUCUUUGGAUUAUGUCAGUGUAUGUAGCAAGCAGAUCGACCAAAUGUAUGAUAUGUCAGGAAGAAGCUAGAGCAGCAUAUAUACAAAUUCUCUUUCAGUUUUC